AUGCAUCUAUCUUCUUACCUCGUUGCCACUCUCGCCGCUGCCGCAACAGCUUUCAAAGUCCCUGAGGGCGCAACUGAUGGCAUCUAUGCAGCCUACUACGACGAGUCGGGUAAUGAAGUCCACAUCAAAGACCCCAACCCCAUUACCGUGGCCGGAAUCCUCUCUUCCGUCCCGGAAGAAGGCGUGGCGACGAAGCCUGGCGUCUCCCGGGUCCGUCGCUCCGCGUCCCCCAGCGAGCUUUUCGAGCGCGCAGCUACUGUGUGGUGCGGCUGUGGCUACCACUUGAACAAUAUCGACUGUGACGGCGCCGUCAACCAGAUCAAAGACCAGAUUCGAAAUGCGGGCGGACAGUCCGACGUGGGACGCGGUCUCGCAUGGUACGCACUCAGCGGUAACGUUGUCGUGUUCCUUUGCAACCGCAACGGGCCAGGCACCGGCCGCAUCACCGUGGAUGGCUUCACUGCGGCCCUGGCGACCAUUACGAGCGCGUGCGGAUACUAUACUGCGGGAACCAUCGAGAAUGGUGUGCUUGACAUUGGGUACAUGAACAACGAUGAUGCUGCCUGGUUCUCCAACAACGCCACCAUCAUGCAGUCUCUGCUCCAAUUUCGCCGGGCAGGCGCUGCGACUCAAGCGCAAAUCGACAGAGAUUUCGGUGCGGCCACCGCGUCGCGGCCGUCGGGCCAGCUUAGCAGUAGCCAACGCAAGACUUUGGAUGUGGAAAAGGCACAGCCAGAACAUCCUGAGCAGAACCCAGGUCAGAUCUUUGAGCCCACCAGCGACACGAGUGCUGAAUCCAGCAGCGAACAUGACGACGUGAUUGAACGCCACCACUCUGUGGGGACGGUCCGGACCCAGUACUCCGAUGGGACCGCUCUCGGCCGGGCUCUGACCGGCAUUCACGUCCGAGACCGCACAGCCCAUGAAGGACACGGCGGCCGGGUCUUCGUCGUCGGCUGGGCGGGGCCGGAUGAUCCCCUUGAUCCUCACAAUUGGUCUCUCAUGAAGCGUGUCGGCGUAACGCUACAGAUAUCCGUCAUCGCCCUCUUCGUCGGAGCUGCAUCCGGUAUCGAUGCCACUAUUCUGCCCCAGGCCGCUGAAGACUUGGGCGCCAGCGAAGUCGCCGAGUCACUCGCAACAGGCCUUUACCUCGUUGGCAUGGGUCUCGGCUCUCUUAUUGCUGGUCCGUUCUCGGAGACUUUCGGUCGCAAUGCCGUCUACAUUGUCUCCAUGGCCAUCUUCAUGGUUUGGAUCAUGGCAUCGGGCUUGGCUCCCAACUUCGGCGCUCAAAUUGUCUUCCGGCUCCUCGCCGGCUGCUCCGCAUCGACGCCGCUCGUGUGUUCCGGCGGGUCAAUUGCUGACAUGUACAACCGCGUAGAGAAGACUUGGAGCUUUCCUCUGUACGCCAUCACUUGCUUCGGCGGGCCGAUGAUCGGUGCCGUCAUGGGCGCUUAUAUCGGACCGUCCCCGAUAGUGAGCUGGCGCUGGACGGAAUGGACAAUGCUCAUCUCGUCAGGGCUCGUCUUGGUACUCGUCUUGCUAUGCAUGCCCGAAACGUACGGUCCAUUGCUGCUACAGUGGAAGGCAGCCCAUUAUCGACGAAUCACGGGAGACGACCGCUUUCGAUCGGAGCAUGAGAUUGUGGACGCGACCCUCUUCAGCAGACUCAAGACCAGCAUGACACGGCCGUUCGUCAUGCUCACCGAACCGAUCAUCAUCGCAAUGACUCUCUACAUCACCGUCGUCUACAUCGUUCUCUUUACUUUCCUCGUCGGUUGGCCGGACAUCUUUGAGCACACCUACGGCCUCGACCAAGGCCUCGCCAACAUCAUCUUCAUCGCCAUGUUCAUCGGAACGCAAAUCAACUUCAUCUUCGUCCCGCUCAUUUACCGCUUGACCCUCAACAGGAUCAAGUCUACUGGAGAUGGAUCUUUUGACCCCGAGACCAGGCUGUGGUAUGCCAUGUUCGGCGCCGCCAUCUCGGUGCCCAUCUCACUCUUCUGGCUCGGGUGGACGAACUUCUCCAGCAUCAGCAUCUGGUCAGCCAUAUUCGCCGUUGUCUUGUUUGGAUAUGGCGUCACGGGGAUCUUCAUGUGUGUUUACAUGUACAUCAUCGACUCGUACGAGGUUUAUUCUGCCUCGGCACUUACGUUCGUGGCGUUGAUUAGGUACGUCGUUGCUGGUGGAAUGACUGUUGUUGGGCUUCCGUUCUACGAAAAGAUGGGCACGCAUUACACGUUGACGAUAUUGGCUUGCAUCGCAGCAGUGCUUGCCCCUAUCCCAUACGUGCUGUAUUAUUACGGCCCAUGGAUCAGAUCGAAGAGCAAGUUUGCGGUGUCCAUGAAGGCAUGA